ACAUAGACAUUGACAUUUUAUUGAAGUAAAUGUGUAAACAUUUUCAGGACAACAAUAAAGAACGUUCACAUAGUUUCCCAUAAAUAAAUAAAACCGUUUGUUAUUUAAUUUCACUGUAGACCGACUGAAUGAACGCCUCUCUACAAAUGGCCGCGCGGUUUCGACGACUUCCUCUGCAGACCUGCGCAUGCGCAUUAACCGCGUCCGAGUGCCCGAUACAAGAUGGCGGAGUCGGUGGGGAGGGAGAGGCGGAGGCGGGUCCGAACCGAAUAGCGCAAAGCCUAUCGAGGACUCCGAUCAAACCUCUCCAAGACAGGACAAAUGAGGAGCUAUGACGAGUGAAAACCACGGAACAGAAAAGGCAGACUCGGCAUUGGUCAUGUCGCCCACCGAGUCCACGUCACAGGCGGCUCCCUUCUCACCCUCAACCAGCAAACCCACCCAAGAGCUGCCAGAUGAGCUGAUUCAGGCUGGAUGGUCAAAAUGUUGGAGUAAGAGGGAGAAUCGGCCGUAUUACUUCAACCGAUUCACAAACCAGUCGCUGUGGGAGAUGCCUGUCCUGGGCCAGCAUGAUGUCAUUUCAGAUCCUCUGGGCUUGAAUGCGGCUCCAGCCUCUGGCGAGGCGAUGAGCGACGCAGGUCUGGGCAACGGUCAGCGUAAGAGACCUCCAUUGGAGGACGCUCAAGCAGGCCCUAACAGUUUCAAGAGGCCAAAGGUUGAGAUUCCAGUCACUCCAACCACUCCCACUGUCCCGAUUUCUCCCAGCACGCCAGGAGUCAAACCCUGGGUCAACACCACAGAUGAUAAGCAAGGCCAGACCAGCGUCCCCGCUCCGGCUCCGUACCGGCCCUCUGUGGUGUACUGGGACCUGGACAUUCAAACCAACGCUGUGAUCCGCGAGCGAGCCCCGGCGGACCACCUGCCUCCACACCCUGAGAUCGAGUUACAGAGAGCUCAACUCACCACCAAACUGCGGCAGCACUACCACGAGCUGUGCUCUCAGCGUGAGGGCAUAGAGCCCCCGCGGGAAUCCUUCAACCGCUGGCUUUUGGAGAGAAAGGUGGUGGAUAAAGGUCUGGAUCCGCUCUUGCCCAGCGAAUGCGACCCGGUCAUUUCUCCAUCCAUGUUCAGAGAAAUCAUGAACGACAUUCCCAUCAGGCUCUCUCGAAUCAAAUACAAGGAAGAGGCCAGGAAACUCUUGUUUAAAUAUGCAGAGGCGGCCAAGAAAAUGAUUGACUCCAGAAAUGCAACUCCUGACAGUCGGAAGGUGGUGAAGUGGAACGUCGAGGACACGAUGAACUGGCUGAGACGAGACCAUUCAGCCAGCAAGGAGGACUACAUGGAUCGACUCGAGCACUUGCGGAAGCAGUGCGGCCCUCACGUGGCAUCCGUAGCGAAGGACUCCGUUGAGGGCAUCUGUUCAAAAAUCUACCACAUUUCUGCAGAAUAUGUGCGCAGGAUCCGGCAGGCUCACCUCACUCUGCUUAGAGAGUGCAACAUCUCAGUGGAUGGCACAGAGUCGAAGGCGGUCCAGGACCGGUUGGUGUAUUGUUAUCCAGCCAGACUGUCCAUCCCAUCUCCUCCUCAGCCGCGUGUUGAGCUGCACUUUGAGAAUGACGUGGCCUGCCUGCGGUAUAAAGGGGAAAUGGUGAAGGUCAACCGCGGUCAUUUCAGCAAACUGGAACUCCUAUAUCGGUACAGCUGUAUUGAUGACCCAAGGUUUGAAAAGUUCCUUUCUCGUGUGUGGUGCCUUAUCGAAAGAUACCAGGUGAUGUUUGGCUCUGGUGUGAACGAGGGGUCUGGUCUGCAGGGGGCGCUGCCUGUUCCCAUCUUUGAGGCUCUGAACAAACAAUUUGGAGUGACAUUCGAGUGCUUCGCUUCUCCUCUUAACUGCUAUUUUAAACAGUUCUGCUCUGCAUUUCCAGACAUUGACGGCUUCUUUGGAUCUCGAGGGCCGUUUCUCAGCUUCUCUCCUGCCAGUGGCUCAUUUGAGGCCAACCCUCCAUUCUGUGAGGAACUCAUGGAUACCAUGGUGAAACACUUUGAGGAUCUUCUGGAACACUCCAGUGAGCCGCUGUCCUUCAUCGUCUUUGUGCCAGAGUGGCGUGACCCGCCGACCCCUGCCCUGACACGGAUGGAGGCCAGCCGCUUCCGCAGACACCAGAUGAUCGUGCCUGCCUUCGAGCACGAGUACCGCAGUGGCUCGCAGCACAUCUGCAAAAGAGAAGAGAUAUACUACAAGUCUGUCCAUGGAACGGCAGUCAUUUUCCUCCAAAACAACGCUGGCUUUAGCAAAUGGGAGCCCACCACGGAGAGAAUCCAGGAGUUCCUGGCAGCGUAUAAGAUCUCUGGCCGUUCAUUGCCCUCACCUGGUCCUCCUUCCACCAGUACAGGAGACAAAGACUCCAAACCGGUCCAGGAGCACUUGGCUAAGAGUCAAGACAACAGCAGUCCUGUUGACAAGACUGCACCGGACACAACAAACAUUUAGACCGCGGCGCUGGCGUGUGGCCACGUGUAUGUAUGUAUGUUCAUGGGAAAGAGUCUAUGAUUGUAUGAGAGGUUUAUUAUUGUGCUGUUGGGUUUAGAUGAGCACUGGGCAUGUAAAUGUUCACGCUAGAAGAAGAAAGACUCAUGUUUGUUUACUUUCUUCCUCUAUUUUUUAAAUAUUAUUUGUUUUAGGUUUUUGAGUUAUGUUAUAAUAAUUGUUGGGUUUUAUAUCAGUGUAUUGAUAGUUUGGUCACUUUUAUGUUUUCUUUUUUUAAGAGAUGAUAAAUGUAGUCGAGUAUAUCU